AUGGGAGGUUUUGAUACAUCCUCGAGUACUACCUAUACUCCUGACCCAUCCAGUCUGCUGUUUUUACUUUCUUCUGAUGUGCCUGGUGUAUCUCUUGUUAGUGUGCCCUUCUCUUGGACUGGUUUUGGGGGUUGGAGCCAGAAUAUGAUCGUAUCUUUGACUGCUAGAAAUAAAAUAGGAUUCAUUGAUGGGAGUUGUCCGAGACUAGCUGAGGAUACUCCUCAGUUAAUCAGUGGGAUAUGUCUUAAUAGAAGAUAUGGUUCAGUUAGUGGGAUUAAGGUGUUUGAGAUUAAGCAAGAGAUAGCAUCCACUCAUCAGGGUUUAUUGGACAUUGCUUCCUGUUUCAACAAACUCAAGAAGUUAUUGGAUGAACUGAGGUUUAUGUGCACUAAUCAUGCCAACACUUGUGUUUGUGCUGCUAAACCUGGACUUCAGAAGGAGGAAGAGGAGAACAUAUUACACCAAUUCCUCAUGUGUCUGAAUCAAACCUAUGGUGACUCUGCUUCUUUUCAUGUCAAUCUGAACAAUAAAUCUGCCCCUCCUAGACAGUUUGUCCAGAAAGUCAGUUUUGAUCAGAACAAGUCUUCUCUUUUAUGCAAGUAUUGUAAGAAACCUGGACAUUUUAUUGAUAAAUGCUAUAAGCUCCAUGGAUUUCCACCAAACUUUAAAUUCACCAAAGGUAGACGAACUGCUGCAAAUGUUGAGGUGCAGAGAUCAGCUUGUGCUACUGAAUCUGGACCAGUUUCCACUGAGAGUCCUGUUGAUUCUAAUUCUGUGAUUCCUGGUCUGUCUAAGGACCAGUAUGCUCAGCUCCUGAUGUUACUUCAGCAACAUCACAUUUCAGAGUCUCUCUCUCAGUCUAAUCUGAUGGCUUCUGCUAAUUUUGCGGGUAUAGUUCCUUCCCCUGAUUGUGUGGGCAAGGCCCCUUCAAUGAAGAGGCCACUGGAAAUUGGUAAACAGGAUCAUGGGCUAUACAAGCUUGUGCAACCAUUCUCUCCUUCAUCUGUUACUUCUACAUCAUCUUCUUCUCCUGUUCCUUUCUCUUCUGAUGAGUUUCAUUACACCUCUUCUCAUGAACCUGAUCCUGUCUCAUCCUCAACACAUGUUGCUUUUCCCUCUUCUUCUUCUAUUCCUUCUCCUGUGUAUGUUCCUCACUCUUCUCCUGUCCUUGAACCUGCUCCUGCUCCUCCUAUUGCCCCUAGUCUGUCUCCAGCUCCUAGUUCAGUUAGCGCUGCUGGCUUGGAACCCCAAGCUUGCCAUCAGGCAGCUUCUAUUCCAGCUUGGCAAGAGGCUAUGAGAAAGGAAUUUGAGGCUCUUAAGGCUAAUGAUACUUGGUCCAUUGUUGAAUUACCUCCUGAAAGAUAUGAAGCUAGGUUGGUUGUUAGGGGUGAUACACAGGUGGAGGGUGUAGAUUUUAAUGAAACUUUUUCUCCAGUCAUCAAAUUUUCUACUGUUAAAUGUCUCAUUGCUGUGGCAAUGAAAAGGAAUUGGUCUAUGUUUCAACUUGAUGUGAAUAAUGCAUUUUUGCAUGGGGACUUGGAUGAGGAGGUCUACAUGAAAUUGCCCCCUGGUUUGUCUGCUGAGAGUGUUGCUUCAUCUAGUCAGUCUUCUAAUUUGGCAUUUAGGCAGUGGUAUGCCAAGAUAUCUCAUGCUUUGUGUUCUAGGGGUAAUUUCCAUUCUUUGAAUGACUAUUCCCUUUUCAUCAGAAGAUCAGGUGGUUCCACUGUCCUCCUUGCCGUUUAUGUGGAUGAUAUAAUACUUACUGGUGAUGAUUUGGAAGAAAUCUCUGCUUUGAAACUCUUCUUGGACAAUCAGUUCAAAAUCAAAGAUCUGGGUGUUCUUAACUACUUUCUUGGCAUAGAAGUGGCAUAUCUUCCUUCUGGGAUAUUACUACAUCAAAGAACGUUUAUCAGAGAUCUACUUCAUGAUUGCAAUUGUGAUAUGUUGUCUCAUGUGACUUGUCCUAUGGAUUUGAACUCUAAAUUGAAGGCUGCCAUGGGUGAUCCUCUGCCUUCUCCUGACACUUAUAGAAGCUUGGUGGGGAAGUUGAACUUUUUGACUCACACAAGGCCUGACCUUUGUUUUGCUGUCCAACAUCUCAGCCAGUUCAUGCAGGCCCCUUGUACUUCCCAUAUGAAGGUUGCUUUGCAUUUACUUCGAUACCUCAAAGGGGAUUCUCUAAUUGGCUGGAAGGCUAAGAAGCAACCAGUUGUCUCCCUUUCUUCCGCUGAGGCUGAGUACCGAGCUCUUAGUAAGGUGGUUGCGGAGUUGACUUGGGUUGUUCGACUUUUAUCUGAUUUUGGUGUUGCUGUAUCUUAUGUUGUGCCAGUGUUUUCUGACAACCAGGCGGCCAUUCAUAUUGCGAAGAAUCCUGUUUUUCAUGAGCAAACAAAGCACAUUGAAUUGGAUUGUCAUUUAGUUCGGAAUAAACUUGGUGAUGGACUAAUCUCCUUGCAUCAUGUUCCUACCACUUCUCAGCUCGCCGACAUUUUUACAAAGCCACUCACUGGAGCUAUUCAUCACUCUUUGUUGCUCAAGUUGGGGGUUGUAGCACCCUCCAACUUGAAGGGGGGUGUUGGACUUUAG